UUGGGGGUCCUUUUUGCUGUCGAUGGAUCGCUGUCAAAGAAGCAAAUUCCGCCACACAUAUGUUGAAGACUAGUCAAGAUUUUCCAAUUUCUAGAAAAUUAAAAAUCAAGCAAAUAAAGGCUGUCUCUAACAAUUAGUUAAUGGUUGGUACAUAGUAUAAUGUAGAAAAGAAUAUCGGAAUCAUGAUGGAAGGAAGAGACGUGAGAAAAUAAGAUCUAUAGCUACCGCCAUUUUUCCACAAUCAACACACACACGUUGCAAUACACUUUUUUCAAGAAACUAGUGACUCUAUAUAUUAGUAGCAUUAGCUUCAUAUAUUGAAGAAAAAUCUCAAAGGAACAAAAUCUAAGUUUCUUUGCUCAAGAAGAAGAAUAUGGGAUCCACAAAGACGACGAGAAUCUUGCAUUUUCUAGCAUUUUUUCUCUUAGCUGGAGUGAUUUCUAUCCAUGCCAAGACUCAUCAUCAAACCUUUGUAGUGAGUGAUGCUCCAUAUAGUAGGCUGUGUAGCAACAAGAGCAUAUUGACUGUAAAUGGAAAGUUUCCUGGACCGACUGUACGUGUAACUGAGGGUGAUACCAUUGCAAUUGUUGUUGUGAAUAGAGCAAGAGAAAAUAUAACCAUUCAUUGGCAUGGAGUGAAGCAGCCGAGAUAUCCGUGGUCGGACGGGCCGGAAUAUAUAACGCAGUGCCCGAUUCAGCCCGGAUCUAAUUUUAGUCAGAAGAUUGUGCUGUCGGAUGAGAUCGGGACUAUGUGGUGGCAUGCGCAUAGCGACUGGUCGCGUGCUACGGUGCAUGGUGCGCUCAUAGUGUAUCCUCUUAUCCAGAAUGAUUAUCCUUUCCCUGUGCCUGAUGAAGAAGUUCCCAUCAUAUUAGGGGAGUGGUGGAAAAGUGAUGUUCAGGCUGUUCUCACUGAAUUUCUUCAAACUGGAGGAGACCCUAAUAUUUCUGAUGCAUUUCUUAUAAAUGGACAACCGGGUGAUUUGUAUGACCUUCCAUGCUCAACCAAAGACACGUUCAAGCUGAGUGUGGACCACGGGAAGAGAUACCUAAUUCGAAUGGUUAACGCCGUGAUGAACACCAUCAUGUUCUUCAAAAUCGCCGGCCACAACGUCACCAUCGUCGGCUCCGACGGCGCGUACCUGAAGCCCUUCACCUCCGACUACAUCGCCAUCUCCCCGGGCCAAACCAUCGACUUCCUCCUCCUCGCCGACCAAAACCCUAGCCACUACUACAUGGCCUCUAGAGCCUACGCCGUCGCCGGAGAUUUCGACAACACCACCACCAGCGCCCGCGUCGAGUACUCCGGAAACUACACCCCGCCGGCGUCCCCACUGCUCCCAACCCUCCCCGAUUUCACCGACACGGCCGCAUCAGUGAACUUCACCGCCCGAUUCCGCAGCCUCGCCUACAAAAACCACCCAAUCCAAGUGCCGUUGAACGUGACGACGAAUCUCCUCUUCACCCUCUCCAUCAACACCAGAAACUGCCCCAACGCGGACUGCUUGGGGCCGCAGGGCGACCGCCUCCUCGCGAGCGUCAACAACAUCACGUUUCAGUCGCCGCGGAUUGCGAUCCUGCAGGCCUACUACGAGCGGAUCAGCGGCGUCUACACCGCGAAUUUCCCGAGCGACCCCCCGUUUCCGUUCAACUACACCUCGGACUCCGUCCCGCGGGCCCUGUGGGAGCCGCGGAACGGGACGAGGGUGAGGGUGCUCGACUAUAACUCCACGGUGGAGCUCGUCUUUCAAGGAACUAGUACGGUAGACUCGCCGAUUGAUCAUCCCAUGCAUCUGCAUGGCCACAGCUUCUAUGUUGUAGGAUGGGGAUUUGGGAAUUUCAACAGCACUCGGGACCCACCGAACUACAAUCUCGUCGACCCACCGCUUCAGAACACCAUCGCGGUGCCUAGAGCCGGUUGGACCGCGAUUAGAUUCCAAGCAAAUAAUCCAGGGGUUUGGCUAAUGCAUUGCCAUUUCGAGAGACAUAUAAGCUGGGGAAUGGAGAUGGUGUUUAUUACUAGAAAUGGGAAAGGCACGAACGAAACGAUGCUUCCUCCACCGUCGGAUUUCCCUAUGUGCUGAUCAAAUUCAAGGAAAUUUUCCGCGUCACGGUUAUACAAUAAUAUUAUAUACAUCCAUGAUUUAGAGAUAGGUGGUGUGGAGGGAAAUAAAUGUUUCAAAAUUAUUUCUGUAAUCAAAUUAGAAAAAUAUUUGAUUUUUUCCUAGAUUUUUUUUUAUGAGUGAAUUAAGGUUAUAAAUUACAGGACACAUCGGGGGUGAACUGAGAACAUAAUUGGGGAACAUUAAUAUUGUGUGUGUUUAUGUUCGAUAUACUUUUAUACAUGAAAUAAAUAUAGUUGAGAUUUUAUUA